AUGGCGGGAGGACCCCCUUAUACCGUCCACUCUCCAACCCAGCAGCCGCGUUUCGCAAACUACUCCCCUUCCUCCAGAGACAGAUCUUCCUACUCCAACAAUGACUCUUACCAGGCCCCUCCCCACACUCCCCCGGGCUACCCUCCUGCCUCUCUGGCGCGGAGCCCGCACUUUGGCCACACUGCCUCCCCGAUGAUGAGUACCACGCUCCCACCCUUGAGUGGAUCAGCCCCUUCCCAUCCAGACGGCUCUCCCUCAUAUCCCUCCCAUUCGACCUCCGCAACCACCCAGUUCUCCCUCCAUGGCCCUUACAGGGCUAGCUCGCACAUGUCGUCGUCCGGCCACUCCCCGCCCCCGAGUCACUUUGGCCAGCAGGUCCCGUCGCACACACACCCGUCCGCUGAAUCCAUGUCCCGAUCGCCAAGGCGGGAGGCUGAGACUCUACAUGAUGUGAGGCCCAAUAACGUGGUUUAUUCGUCACAGUCGCCCAUGAUGCAGGAUACGAAACCAGCCUCUCCAAAGGAAACUAAGCCGGCUAGAACAGAUCCUAUGUCGUUUGCCAGCAUUCUUUCCACCCCUGCUGAAGAACGUCCCCCGCGCAAGUCAACCCCGCCACCUCGCGUUACCAAAGUCAGUGAGCCACCCGCCAUCGCGCCUGCACCUAAGGUCGAGAAGCCCAGACCUUCUGCCUCAGAAAGACGCCGCCAGCAAGCUCAACUGGAACCAUCUUACAACGACAAUAUAUCCCGCCCAUCCACAAACGGCGUCUCCGCUACAAGAGCUAUUGCUCCUUCAAAUUCAAAGUCAAGAAAGUCAAUUACUGAACGCGAGAACGAAAAGAUUGCAAAGGCGAUGGAACGGAUUGACUCCAUGGACAAACGUGAGCUGGAGGCUCCUGGUUAUGAACAUGAGUGGGCGCGGUAUAUCCGGAAGGGGAAGAAGCGUGCUCGUGAGGUGGAAGCUAUUGAAGCACGGAAGCGUAGGCGACGCCAAACCGAAUUCUUGAGUGCGCUUGCCAAAGUCUUUGAGAAGCAGGUUCUGAACGGCACUGAGCGGUUUAACCGUAAGCAUGAGGCUGCGGUUCAAGUUGAAGUUCAGCAGAAAGAGAUCCAGGAUGAAAAGGAGCGGAAGAAGGAUAUGCAGAGAAAACGUCGUCGUGAAAACACCGUCCGUCUUGAGAUGCAGAAGAUGGAUGAAGCUCGCCAGAAAGCCUCUGAGGCUGAAGAUGUUGCUGAGAAAGAGCGGCUGAUGCGUGAAGUUGAAAAGUCUCGAAAGAAGAUCAAGAGUACGAAACGUGCUUUGGAACGAGGAAAUGAGCCGGAAGAAAUCAGCGAGGUCCCACCGAUGGCACCAAAUCUCGAGGGAGGCACCACCAGUACAUUCCACGUUACUUCGAAAUCCCCCCCUCCCAAGAAGAGAUCUGGCAAGUCUGGCUCCUCCGCGCGACCAAAGAAAUCAAAGGAGAAGAAGCAAGCUGAGAAGGACGCUGCCGAAGCUGCCUAUGCAGCUCUGGAGAAAGACGACGAACUCGUCCCUCUCGCGCCAAAGGAGGAUCCGAAAAAGGAAGCUCUGAAAAAAGAUUCCAAAGCUGCCCGCUCCAAAGAAGCAACUCCUGCGCCUCCCACUACGCCAUUCGAAUCCAAAGCUUACAACGUGCUCUACGAAGCUAUAUGGAGAGAAAUUGCUCGAAAGGAUGUACCCCGGGUCUAUCGCAUUAAAGCUACAUCUUUAAACACUCGCCAGGAGAAUCUGCGCAAGACUGCUCAGCUGGCGAGCAAACAGUCUCGGAAAUGGCAAGAACGUACCAACAAGAGUAUGAAGGAUAUUCAGGCUCGGGCGAAGAGAACGAUGCGGGAGAUGAUGUCCUUCUGGAAAAGAAAUGAGCGUGAAGAGCGUGAUUUGCGACGCAUGGCAGAGAGACAGGAGUUGGAAUUGGCUAAGAAGGCAGAAGCUGAUCGCGAAGCUAACCGCCAGAAACGCAAACUGAAUUUCCUAAUUUCCCAGACGGAGUUGUACUCCCAUUUCAUCGGCCGGAAGAUCAAAACAAGUCAGGCGGAGCAGACUGAUGAAACCGGCCCCGUUGACGAUGCCUCCUCCAUGGCGAAGCCUGACAUAUCUCUCCCCGAUACUGAUGGGAAGCCGGCUCCGAAGGUCACCAGUUUCGAAGACCUUGACUUCGACGCUGAAGAUGACACUGCUUUACGACAGGCUGCCAUGGCCAAUGCGCAAAAUGCCGUUCAAGAGGCGCAGGAGCGGGCACGCGCGUUCAACAAUGACGAUAACAAGAUUGCUGCCUUCGAUGAAGGGGAGAUGAAUUUCCAGAACCCGACCAGCUUCGGUGACGUUGAGGUUUCGCAGCCUAAAAUGCUCACUGCUCAGUUGAAGGAGUAUCAGCUCAAGGGACUGAAUUGGCUUGUCAAUCUGUACGAGCAGGGUAUUAACGGUAUCCUUGCCGAUGAGAUGGGGCUGGGUAAAACGGUUCAGUCCAUCUCCGUCAUGGCGUAUCUUGCUGAAGUACAUAAUAUCUGGGGUCCGUUCCUUGUUAUUGCGCCGGCAUCGACGCUGCAUAAUUGGCAGCAGGAGAUUUCGCGAUUCGUGCCGAAUAUAAAGGUACUCCCUUACUGGGGGUCUGCUAAGGAUCGGAAAGUCCUGAGGAAGUUUUGGGAUCGGAAGCAUAUUACGUACACACGGGAGUCUGAGUUCCAUGUCCUGGUUACCUCGUACCAGCUCGUUGUGCUGGAUGCGCAGUACUUCCAGAAGGUGAAAUGGCAAUAUAUGAUCCUGGACGAGGCGCAGGCGAUUAAGUCCUCGCAGAGUUCCCGCUGGAAAAAUCUGCUCGGUUUUCACUGUCGCAACCGGCUUUUGCUCACGGGUACCCCAAUCCAAAACAACAUGCAGGAGCUAUGGGCGCUGCUGCAUUUCAUCAUGCCUACGCUUUUCGAUUCGCAUGAUGAGUUUAGCGAGUGGUUUUCCAAGGACAUCGAGAGCCACGCGCAGAGCAACACGAAGUUGAACGAGGAUCAGCUCCGGCGAUUACAUAUGAUUUUAAAACCGUUUAUGCUUCGACGUAUCAAGAAGCAUGUCCAGAAGGAACUGGGCGAUAAGGUGGAGAAGGAUGUCUUCUGUGACCUGACCUAUCGCCAGCGCGCGUAUUAUACCAAUCUCCGCAAUCGGGUUAGUAUCAUGGACCUGAUUGAGAAGGCAGCUAUCGGUGAUGAUUCGGAUAGUACCACUUUGAUGAAUUUGGUUAUGCAGUUUCGGAAAGUCUGUAACCAUCCUGACCUGUUUGAGCGGGCGGAGACGACGUCUCCGUUCUCUGCGGGUUAUUUUGCGGAAACAGCAUCGUUCUUGCGAGAGGGGCCCUUCAUCGAUGUUGCGUAUUCAGCGAGGAACCUUAUCGAAUAUGACCUUCCCCGUCUCCUGUGUAGUUCGCCUGGUCGUCUUGAUGUUGCAGGACCGGGGAAUGAAAGGGCUGGGUUUCGGGGCAAAUAUCUUGCGCAUAUGAUGAAUAUCUGGACGCCGGAAAAUAUCCGUGAGAGUGCGAAGAGGGACAGUGCGUUUUCGUGGUUGCGGUUUGUGGAUGUUUCCGUUGGUGAGGCGUGUGAGGUUUCAAGGAAGGGUGUGUUUGAGCGGGCUGUAGGACGUCGUGGGCAUUCGAAUCGGCUUGCGCGGUUAAUGGUCGUAUAUGACGACGAUGACUAUAAGAAAAAUGGCGCCGGCCCCGAUGUCCCCGCCCAUUCCUUGUUUAACAUCGUGGAGCGCAAUGAUCGUCGACCCCUGGCUGAAAUCACCACUGAAGGACGCUUGAACCAGCUGCUGAAUAUUUCUAACACAGCAUUCAAAAACGAGGGGCUAAACCUGAUCGAACCCUGCGCUAAGCCUGGCGCAUCUGCAUCCCCUAUCACAAUCUCCUGCUCAAACCAAUUCUCCAACUUUGAAACGCGCGACACAAUCUUCAAUCCAUCCCUCCAACACGCCCUAUUCGGCACAACAACCCGCGCCAUGGAUGCAGAGAUUCUGGAAAAGAAACUCGAUCCACUCCCUUACAGUCUCCCUCCCAUGCUCCCCGAACCCCUCUCAGCAAAGGGACGGUACACAAACAUCUCCGUCCCCAGCAUGCGCCGCUUCGUCACUGACUCUGGCAAACUGGCCAAACUCGACGAACUCCUCCGCGAGCUGAAGAACGGCGGCCACCGCGUCCUCCUCUACUUCCAAAUGACCCGCAUGAUCGACCUGAUGGAGGAAUACCUCACGUACCGCAAUUACAAAUACUGCCGACUGGACGGGAGUACGAAGCUCGAAGACCGACGCGACACGGUGCUCGAUUUCCAACAGCGGCCUGAGAUCUUCGUCUUCCUUCUCUCGACGCGUGCGGGCGGGUUGGGUAUCAACCUCACCGCCGCUGAUACGGUGAUAUUCUACGACUCCGACUGGAAUCCGACGAUCGAUUCGCAGGCGAUGGAUCGGGCGCAUCGUCUGGGACAGACGCGGCAGGUUACAGUGUACAGGCUUAUUACCCGGGGGACGAUUGAGGAGAGGAUUCGGAAGAGGGCGCUGCAGAAGGAGGAGGUGCAGAGGGUUGUUAUUUCGGGUGGUAGUGGGGGUGGGGUUGAUUUUAAUACGAGGAGUAGAGAGAAUCGGACGAAGGAUAUUGCGAUGUGGUUGGCGGAUGAUGAGCAGGCGAAGGCUAUUGAGCAGAUGGAGAAGGAGGCGAUGGAUAAGGGGGAGGAAGGGGUUGUGGGGGGCAAGAAGGGGGGAAAGAGAGGGGCUGGUGCCGCUGGGAAGAGGAAGCGGGAUGUUACGUUGGAUGAUAUGUAUCAUGAAGGCGAAGGACACUUCGAAGACAUCAGUGCCAAACCCUCCGGUGCCGCGACUCCUGUCUCUGCUGGGGAUAAUGGGGUUCCUGCUGUCGGCGCUGGGGGGAAGGGGAGACGCGGUGGACGUGGUGGUGCUGGCGCCGGCGACGGUGCUGGAGGGGGUGGUAGAAGGUCGAAGAAAGCGAAGACUACGAAGGAGCGGCUGAGGCUGAUUGAUGGGGAUGAUUGA